AUGACUCAUUCUCGACAUCCUCAUCGUCCAGGAAAUGUCGCAGCUGCUACAACUACAACUCAAAAUUUGUCUUCAUUUGAUGAUGAUUUUGUUGAACAAUUACAUACAAGUGAAAAUGUAACACAUGUACCAUCUGAAGAAACUGAUAAAAAUUCAAAUGAAAAUACUGUUACCAUACCAGUUGAAGAAGAUAAUCAAAAUGUUCCAUUCGUUGAAAAUGAAAGAACACAAUUACGAUCAAAUGUUUGGAAUUAUGCAAAAAAAAUUU